AUGGCGUCGUCUGCAAACGAGAAAUUGGCUAAUCUCUUCAAUUCUGCCGGAGUAGUAGAUAUCGCCGAGGUUAUAUACAACAGGGAUACAGAACAAAGUAGAGGAUUUGGGUUUGUGACAAUGAGCACAGUAGAAGAAGCUGAGAAAGUUGUGGAUAAGUUUAAUGGCUAUGAUUUGAGUGGAAGGGCUCUUACUGUAAAUAAGGCUGCACCAAGAGGUUCACAACCAGAAAAACGAGUGGUGGGGACUUCUUUCAAGAUCUACGUGGUUGAAGUUUCCAAGAUUUUGAUUUUUGUUCAAGUUCUUGUUUUCAUACAUUGCAACUGCAACAAGACUACAACCCUUCAUUCAUCUCUAGUUUCUGAACUCUUGGAUCUUGACAAGGUUGAAUUCUGA